AUGUUCUGCAAUCCAUUCGAAUUUAUCAGUGACGGAUACGCUGUAACGCGCAUGCUCCGCGACGUGAGGAUCCGAAAGCAGACCUACGAAGAUUCCACCGAGAUUCCCAUGGAACAGACUGCAUACACCGGCGCGGGUGACAAUCCCUCUACCCAAGACGCCCACCCUGCCGCGGCUACGAGCGACCAAGCAUCGCCCUUGGCCGAGUAUCCGCCUGUCACCACUUACCCGUCUCACAACGCGCCAGCCGCACAGCCGUAUGACCACACUGUAGGCUAUAGUCAGCCCCAUGGCAGUUAUGGCUACAGUCAGGGCAAUGCCUAUGAUCAGCCCAAUCCGGGUUAUGGCUACGAACAACCCAGCCAAGGGUAUACUUAUGAUGCCCCCCACCAAACACAACGCUACGAUCAGCCCCACCAAGGAUACCAUGAUCAACGGCAAUUCUAA